UGGGAAGACAUCAAUCACUCAUCUGCCCGUUAUCGCCAUGUGGAUCAAUGGUAUUGCAUUUUUGCGCAAGAAAUGCCAGUAUUUGGCGGCUAUUUUGGCGAACUUGUCCGUCAUCUGUACUGGGUGUGCGAUGGGCUGGACGUCUCCGGUUGAAUCAAAGCUUAGCCAUCCGAGACUUUCGCCACUAUCUACAGUGCCGACCGAUGCAGAAUUCUCAUGGAUAGGUUCGAUACUUGCGUUGGGCUCGUUGGCUGGACCUCCACUAGCAGGCUACAUCGCACAUCGUUUCGGACGAAAAUUGGCCCUGCUUGCGAGUGGUGUACAGUUUGCGGUAGCUUUCGUCCUCUUCGUAACAGCCCACACCGUAGCCCAGAUUCUGGUCGGCCGAUUUCUACAGGGAUGUGGAAUCGGAUUUUCACUAGCCAUCACCCCACUGUACGUGUGUGAAAUUGCAACAGCCCAGCGACGUGGUGCGCUCGGUUCACUACUCCAAGUUUCGAUGACUCUUGGCAUGCUGCUGGUGUACAGCAUCGGUCCGUACGUUAGCUAUGCCGCGAUGCAGUACAUUCUGCUCAUUAUUCCAGUGCUGUUCUGUGCCGCCUUCUGCCAAAUGCCAGAAACACCACACUACUACGUUGCCCAUGGCCGCUACGCGGACGCAUCUCGUUCACUGGAGUACUUACGCGGUGAAUCGAUCGAAGAGCUGCAGGAUGAGUUCGGUUCGAUACAGCGCUCGGUGGAGGAUUCGAUCCGCAACCGGGGCACGCUCGGCGAGCUGUUCCGUGAUCAUGCCAACCGGCGUGCACUGUUCAUUUGCACCGGCAUCAUCGUACUGCAGCAACUGUCCGGCAUUAAUCCGGUGCAGUUUUUUACGCAAACCAUCUUCGAAAAGACGGGAUCGUCGGUCAAACCCGAGCUGGCGAGCAUUAUCAUCGGCGGUGUGCAGGUGGUAGCGAGCAUGAUAACGGUCCUAACCUUGGACAAGCUUGGACGCCGCCCGUACCUGCUAAUCUCGUCCGGUGGCAUGUGUUGUGCGCUGGUAGCCCUCGGCACCUACUUCUAUCUGGAGACGCAGCGCGUGUCUAGCGGCUUCUCGCUUGACCGGCUCGCCUUUCUGCCCGUCCUGUCGCUCGUCGUGUUUACGGCAUCGUUCUGUCUCGGAUUCGGUCCGAUCGCGUGGCUGCUGAUAGGUGAAAUGUUUGCGCCAAAUAUCAAGUCAUUCGCAUCGUCGAUCGUUUCCAGCACCUGCUGGGGUGUGGCCUUUUUCGUGCUGUUUUACUUCAGCUCGCUGGAUGCGGCCAUUGGCACCCACUGGCUGUUCUGGACGUUUGCCAUCUGUACUGCCGGUGCGUUUCUGUUUACCUACCUGUUUGUGAUCGAGACGAAGGGCAUGUCGCUGCCGGAGAUACAGGCACAGCUCAACGAAACCGCCCCGGUAAUAAUAAACGAUAAGCCCUAG